AUGACGCGAACGCACACGCGCGAGACCCCGCGGCUGAUGAACACGUUCACGAAGACCAAGACGCCGUUCGUGCCCCUGGACGGCAACCGCGUCGGGUGGUACAUAUGCGGACCCACGGUGUACGACAGCGCGCACAUGGGACACGCGAGGAACUACGUGAACUUCGACGUCUUGCGCCGCGUCGUGACGGAGUACUUCCGCUACGACGUUCGGUUCGUGAUGAACGUGACGGACAUCGACGACAAGAUCGUCAUGCGCGCGCAUCAGCGCCGCUCCGAAGAGGUCCUCGCGCUCGCGGAGAAGACGCUCGGCGCGAGCGGGCUCGACGCGGAGCCGUCCGCGAUCGCGCUGAAGGCGCUGCUGGCGUCGGGGGAGAAAAAACUCGGCGAGCAGAGCGCGCUAUCCGCCGCGCUCGCCGCGACGGUCAACGCCAAGGCGCGCGAGUCCGAUUCUUCUUCGGGCCCCGUCGUCGACGAGAGCUGGAGCAUCCAGGACGCGUACCUGACGCUCGCGAAGCGCUUCGAGGACGAGUUCAUGGGCGACAUGGCGUCGCUGAACGUGAUGCGACCGGACGCGCUGACGCGCGUGAGCGAAUACGUCGACAAGAUCGUUUCGUACAUUCAGCGCAUCGUGGACCGCGGGUUCGCGUACGAGAGCAACGGGAGCGUGUACUUCGACGUGCCGACGUUCGAGAAGGACGCGAAUCACAAGUACGCCAAGCUGAACAAGGCGGCGCUCGCGGAGGACGAGGUGGAGGCGGCGAUGGACGGCGAGGGCGCGUUGGCCGCGGACGCCUCCGAGAAGAAAGACGCGCACGACUUCGUGCUGUGGAAGGCGUCCAAGCCCGGGGAGCCGUCGUGGGCGAGCCCGUGGGGCGAGGGGCGUCCCGGGUGGCACAUCGAGUGCAGCGCGAUGUGCAGCGACGUCCUCGGCGAGGCGGUGGACAUCAACGGCGGCGGGAUCGAUCUCAACUUUCCGCACCACGAAAAUCAGCUCGCGCAGUCGGAGGCGUUUUACGACGUGAAGCAGUGGGUGAAUUACUUCGUGCACAGCGGUCACCUGCACAUCGACGGGCUGAAGAUGUCGAAGAGUCUGAAGAACUUCAUCACGAUACGCGCCGCGCUGAAGAUGUACACCGCGCGGCAGCUGCGGUUUUUGUUCCUGCUUCACCAGUGGAGCGACCCCAUGGAUUUGACCCCCGCGUUUGGCGACGCGAUGGACGCCGCGGUGAUCGCGGAGAAGACGUUCGCGGAGUUCUUCCACGCCGUGAAAGGGGUGUUACGUAACUCUGGUCCCGGCGGGUACGACGCGAAUCGCGCGCAGACGUGGAACGAGAACGAGCGCGCGUUGUCCGACGCCGUCGACGUCGCGCGCGCCGCGACGCACGCGGCGAUGAUCGAUAACGUCAACACCCCGGCGGUUAUCAAGGCGUUGAAAGAGCUCGUCAGCGCGACGAACGCGUACUUGGGGAAGACGGCGAAGGAGGACGUUCGGCCGCUGAUCGUGUCCGCGGCUGCGCAGUUCGUGACGACCAUCUUGAGUACGCUCGGCGUCGCGGAGGCGGGCGGCGGCGGCGCCGUCGGUUUCGGCGACGUCGGCGGAGACGCGGGCGGCGGCGACGGCGACGCCGGCGCCGGCGCCGGCAAGGAAGAGACCCUCGCCCCCGCGCUCGAUCUCAUCGUGAAGUUCCGCGACGAGAUCCGCGCGCUCGCGAAGAGCGGCGCGGACGCGAGCGCGCUCAUGGCGGCGUGCGACGCGCUGAGGGACGACGGAUUGCCGACGCUCGGGGUGAAGCUCGACGACCGCGCCGACGGCGGCGCGCUGUGGAAACUCUACGGCGUCGAGGAGCUGAAGAAAGAGGCGGCGAGGGAGAAGGAGGCCAAGGCGAAGAAGGCGGAGGAGUUGCGCGUCAAGAAGGAGGAAGCCGCGCGGAAGUUGCGCGAGAAGGAAGAGGCGGCGAAGAUACCCCCCGGGGAGAUGUUCAAAGUGGGCGAGCACGCGGGGACGUAUUCAAAGUACGACGACGACGGCGUCCCGACGCACCUCGCCGACGGCGCGGAGGUGGCGAAAGCGCAGCGGAAGAAGCUCGCGAAGUUUCAAGCCGCGCAGAAGAAGGAGCACGAGAAGUAUCUCGCGAAGUGCGCCGCGGACGGCGUCGACGCGAUGAAGGUGUGA